CUGUUAUCUAAAACCCGUGACUUGAAAUUAGAAACUGUGAAGUCGAAGAGAAAAAAACAAUCAUGCGAAUUUUUGCUCUGUUACUAUUGGCUCAUGCAGCGUCUGGUUUUUUAUUUUUCGGUAACAAAUGUCAAUCGCCGUUUUCAUCGAGUCCGAAAAAGCAUUUUUUUGCUCAGCUUUGGGGAGGUCUAUUCCGAUGCGAUUAUGAUCCAGAUGAAGAUCAAAGUUUAAUUUCAAAAGUUGGCUUAUUUGUACGGUAUUAUUACAUCACAAGUGGUCAAACAACAUACAGCGAAGUAUCUGAACUCGAUAUGGGCCAGCUCAUUAAUCCAAAUUAUACAAAUUACAUAAUUUUACAUGGGUUUGCUGAUGGCGUUGAACCUGAUGAGUGGAUGGAAGCAAUAGCUAAAAAAAUUGUUACCGAUCAAGAUGCCAAUGUGAUCUUAAUGGAUUAUUCGGCGAUAUCCAAUUGCAACUACAUUUACAUGGCAAAACGGGUAGCAUUCGAUCUUGCUGAGCACUUGGCCAAGUGCAUUAACCGAUGGGAAAUGAAUCUGAAUAACACGACAAUUAUUGGCCAUUCACUGGGAGGACACAUUGCAGGAGCGACUGGAACUUUCCUAACACAAAUGACUGGGCAGAAAUUGGCGCGCAUUUUUGCCCUUGAUGCUGCAGGACCAGUAUAUGAGGUAAAUCAGGGAUUAAAUUCAACAUGCGCCCAAUUCGUACAGGCAUUACACACAUCGAAAAUUUUGGGUACGUCUAGGAGGCUUGGCCACUCAGACUUUUAUGCAAACCGGGACAGUGCUAAGCAACCAGGCUGCUUUUUCGACGGUUGCAAUCAUUCCAGAGCCACUGAAUUGUUUUAUGCAUCUUGUUUUAAAGAAAAUAAAUUCAUUGGUAUAGACUGCAAUGGUUCGGGAAGUCAGAGUCAAUAUGGUCUGUACACUGACGGAAAAGAAGGCUGUUAUAGUAUGCCAACAGGCAAAUGCUUUCCAUUCACUCUUCAAACUUAAAUAGCUUUCUUUCAUCGGUUUUAAAACCUUACUUAAGUUGAUAAUUUUCGAUAAAAAAGAAACUGAGAUUAGUUUUUAUUUGAAAUUAUGUGUGUGAAAGAUCGAAAAACUUUUUUU